AUGUUUCGAUUAAUUUUAUUAUCCGUUUUAUUAAAUGUAUGUUCAAGUGAUAAAUGUAACGUUGAUUUAAAUGGUGUUAAAAAGAAAUGGUCGCAAAGAGCUUUAAGUGAACCAUUCGAAACGGAUGAUGCGUUAUCAAGUCUUCAAGAUGCAUAUAAAAUCACAAUUAAAGGUCAAGAAAUACCCGUUCUUUGUAAAGGUACUGUAAAAGGUCUUGAGAAGUUAUACGAACUUGAUAUGGAUUUUAAUGGAAUCAAAGAAAUUGAAGUGGGAGCGUUUGCUGAUGUUGUGCAUUUAAGAGAUCUUCAUUUGAACAAAAAUAGAUUGAAGCAUAUUAAAGCUGGUGUUUUCAACGAGUUAGGAAUAAGUAUUUUAAGACUGGGAGAUAAUGAAAUUGAGUUAAUUGAUCAAACCGCUUUUGACGAUAUGCCUAAUUUAAGAAUAAUUCAUCUUAAUAAUAACAAAAUAUCAGCUAUAAACAAGGAGUGGUUCAAGAAUACACCAAACGUUCAUCAACUUACUUUAGAAAACAAUUUAAUUACGAGUUUAGUAGAACACAACUUUAAAAACCUUCAGGGUAAACAUGUAUUUUAUGAUUUACCCGCUUGGUUAAAUAUAGAUUUGAGUGGUAAUAAAAUCACAACGAUUGAUCCUAAAGCUUUCGAUGGGUUGGAAGAAUUAGGGAUAUUAUCGUUGGAUAAAAAUGAAAUAUCUGUAUUACACGAAGACACUUUUAAAGAUGUAGGACGUAUAUCGUGGAUUAAUUUAACAUCGAACAAAAUUAGAUGUCUUCCGCAACAUAUGAAACAUAUUUUAAAAGCUGACGCAACAUUCUUGGAAAAUAAUCCUUGGAAUUGUACUUGUUUGGAGACUUUACAACAACAAUUGAAAUGGAGGCGACUUACAAGUAAAGUUAGUAUCAGUAGCGAUGUUUUAAAAUGUAAAAUUGAUGAUUUAAAAUCAACGGUGAGAGAUGUUUUAGCAGAACACGAAUAA